AUUUUGGAUUGUGUGAGCUUCCGGGACGUUCGGAGCGCGGCCUCUCUCUCGCCGGAUUCCGCAGACCCCAGGCCCCGGCCUGCAUCCAAGUGUCAGGUUGGAGCCGGGAAGCGGCCCUGGUGGUAGCGGCGGCGGGGGCAGGAUGAGCGCGGAGGCGGCGGACCGGGAGGCGGCCACCUCCAGCCGGCCCUGCACCCCGCCGCAGACCUGCUGGUUUGAGUUCCUGCUGGAGGAGUCACUGUUGGAGAAGCAUCUGCGCAAGCCCUGCCCGGAUCCUGCACCAGUUCAACUUAUAGUUCAGUUUUUGGAACAGGCUUCCAAACCUUCAGUUAAUGAACAAAACCAAGUUCAACCUCCGCCUGAUAACAAGAGAAAUCGUAUUUUAAAACUACUUGCUCUUAAAGUUGCUGCACAUUUGAAGUGGGACUUAGACAUAUUAGAGAAAAGUUUGUCUGUUCCAGUAUUGAAUAUGCUACUAAAUGAACUACUCUGCAUCAGUAAAGUUCCUCCUGGGACGAAGCAUGUAGACAUGGAUCUGGCCACUUUACCUCCGACCACUGCCAUGGCUGUACUUCUCUACAAUAGAUGGGCAAUUAGGACAAUUGUUCAAAGUAGUUUUCCAGUCAAACAGGCGAAACCUGGACCCCCUCAGUUAAGUGUGAUGAAUCAAAUGCAACAGGAAAAAGAGCUAACAGAAAACAUUUUGAAAGUGGUAACAACUCGGUGUUCAUUAUUAUUUCAGGUGUGCUAUGAUUUGGGCGCAGCAUACUUCCAGCAAGGCUCCACAAAUUCAGCUGUCUAUGAAAAUGCCAGGGAAAAAUUUUUUAGAACCAAAGAACUAAUUGCAGAGAUAGGUUCAUUGUCUCUUCAUUGUACCAUAGAUGAGAAGCGGUUAGCUGGCUAUUGUCAAGCAUGUGAUGUUCUUGUACCUUCUUCUGACAGUACAUCUCAACAGUUGACUCCAUAUAGCCAAGUCCAUAUUUGUUUGAGAUCUGGCAACUAUCAGGAGGUAAUACAGAUUUUCAUUGAAGACAACUUAACCUUGAGUUUACCUGUCCAGUUCCGACAAUCAGUCCUAAGAGAACUCUUUCAGAAAGCUCAACAGGGAAAUGAAGCUCUAGAUGAAAUCUGUUUUAAAGUUUGUGCCUGUAAUACAGUUCGUGAUAUACUGGAAGGCAGAACAAUUAGUGUUCAAUUUAACCAACUAUUUCUUAGACCAAAUAAAGAGAAAAUAGACUUUCUUCUUGAGGUAUGUUCAAGAUCAAUAAAUUUAGAAAAAGCUUCAGAGUCUUUGAAAGGAAACAUGGCUGCUUUUCUGAAGAAUGUGUGUCUGGGGUUGGAAGAUCUGCAGUAUGUUUUCAUGAUUUCUUCACAUGAGCUUUUCAUUACAUUGUUGAAAGAUGAAGAACGAAAGCUACUUGUUGAUCAGAUGAGGAAGAGAUCCCCUAGAGUAAAUCUGUGCAUUAAACCUGUAACUUCAUUUUAUGAUAUCCCAGCUUCAGCAAGUGUCAACAUUGGUCAGUUAGAGCAUCAACUGAUACUAUCAGUGGAUCCUUGGAGGAUUAGACAAAUUUUGAUUGAAUUACAUGGUAUGACUUCAGAGCGCCAAUUCUGGACAGUGUCUAAUAAGUGGGAAGUACCUUCUGUGUAUAGUGGUGUUAUCCUGGGAAUUAAAGACAAUUUAACAAGAGAUUUGGUUUAUAUUCUUAUGGCCAAAGGUUUGCACUGCAGUACUGUUAAGGACUUUUCCCAUGCUAAACAGCUCUUUGCUGCUUGUUUGGAGUUGGUAACAGAGUUCUCACCAAAGCUUCGUCAGGUCAUGCUGAAUGAGAUGUUGCUUUUGGAUAUUCAUACACAUGAAGCUGGGACAGGGCAGGCAGGAGAGAGACCGCCAUCCGACCUUAUAAGUAGGGUACGAGGCUAUCUGGAAAUGAGGCUUCCUGAUAUUCCUCUUCGUCAAGUUAUAGCUGAGGAAUGUGUUGCCUUUAUGUUAAACUGGAGGGAAAGUGAAUACCUUACACUCCAAGUUCCUGCAUUUUUGCUUCAGAGUAAUCCAUAUGUUAAGCUUGGACAGCUUUUAGCAGCUACAUGCAAAGAACUUCCAGGCCCUAAAGAAAGUAGACGGACUGCCAAAGACCUUUGGGAAGUUGUUGUUCAAAUCUGUAGUGUGUCCAGUCAGCACAAACGAGGAAAUGAUGGCAGAGUUAGUCUAAUAAAGCAGAGGGAAUCUACGUUAGGUAUCAUGUAUCGGAGUGAACUGCUUUCUUUUAUCAAAAAAUUACGAGAACCACUGGUUUUGACUAUUAUUUUAUCACUCUUUGUGAAACUUCACAAUGUUCGGGAGGACAUUGUGAAUGAUAUUACAGCUGAACACAUUUCUAUUUGGCCAUCUUCCAUUCCCAACCUGCAGUCUGUGGACUUUGAAGCUGUCGCAAUCACAGUGAAAGAGCUAGUUCGAUACACACUCAGUAUAAAUCCAAAUAACCAUUCCUGGUUAAUUAUCCAGGCAGAUAUUUACUUUGCAACGAAUCAGUAUUCAGCAGCUCUUCACUAUUAUCUCCAGGCAGGAGCUGUGUGUUCUGACUUCUUUAACAAGGCUGUGCCCCCUGAUGUUUAUACAGACCAGGUAAUAAAACGAAUGAUAAAAUGUUGUUCUUUGCUGAAUUGCCACACACAGGUGGCCAUUUUAUGUCAGUUCCUCAGAGAAAUUGACUACAAAACAGCAUUUAAAUCUCUGCAAGAACAAAACAGUCAUGAUGCUAUGGACUCCUACUACGACUACAUAUGGGAUGUUACUAUUUUGGAAUACUUGACUUAUCUUCAUCAUAAAAGAGGAGAAACAGAUAAAAGACAAAUUGCAAUCAAAGCCAUCGGCCAGACAGAGUUGAAUGCAAGCAAUCCAGAAGAAGUGUUACAGCUGGCAGCGCAGAGAAGGAAAAAAAAGUUUCUCCAAGCAAUGGCAAAACUUUACUUUUAAGCAGUUAAAUUUUUUUAACUUUUAUUUUUUAAACAAUGAGCUAAAAAUAAACAGUAUUAAAAGGUUAAGUUUAUAUAAUACAUA